GCCCGGAAAAACCCAAAGGGUAUUGUCACAUUUGUCAGUCUUAAAACUAGAGUUGCGAAGCAAGUAUGUGUUAAACUGCGCCAUUUCUCCACUGAAACGUCUUUUAAAAAAUUCUCUAUAAUCUUAUCUACAAGAAAAAGAGUUUUAACAUUAAAAUCCACAUGAAUAUAGUGUUCCAUUGCAUUUCUGAAAAUUUUACCGAGAUCAGACAACCUUCACACGUUCAACUAUCCCACAGACAUUCCAGUGCUGGCACGUGUUGAUUCGCAUGGGUGGAGCUGGUAGGGGAGAUUUCAAAAACUCGACUUGUUCCGGAUUCAAUACCCAAAGGAUUUUGUGACUGAUACAGGAGAUAGAGAGAAUGGUGUUGACGGAGAAUGAGUUGCUCACGGCCAUUACCAAGUCCCAAACGGACAGACGGAUUCGUUUUGCACUGAACACUCGUCGGAAGACGGCCAACUUCAGUGAACAGGCUGCUUGUGAUAGAGAAAUUCAACGCUACUUAUCUCGCAAAGGAACAUCGGCUUAUAGAUUCAACUGUUGUGUCGUCCACCAGCCAUGGCGCUUCAACCAGAUGAAAGCAACGAUUGAUCACGGAUGGGAUGAAUUUGGACCGACUAAUGAAACACUUCACGCUAUUUAUCGUACUUUACCAUUUUAUGAACAACCAAACAAAGAUGGGUUCUGCAACGGGCAAAUCAAUGAUUUGAACAGGAAUGCUACCAGUGGAGGUAUCGAGUCUAGGGCUAAUAGAAAUCUUGUAAUCGAGUAUGACUCGGAUAAACCGAAAAACGAAACAAGCUGGGGUGUGCGCCUUCUUAGCUGUAUCUUCGCGUGAACGAAAUGUUUCCAAGCAACAAAUCUUUAAAAUUAUCCCUCGUUGUCGUACACGCUUCAGUAUAUAACCAUUAAAAUUUGUUUGUUUUUUUGUAUUUUACACGCGUCCAAAAUAAAGAUAUUCCCCUAGUAGAACGCCGCCGUUGAUAAAAUUUCCUGUCCCUGCGAAAAAUUUAAUUGACUGUUAAUUAGAUUGAAAGCACCGGUUUUGUUGUUGCUUAGUUUCCUUCCAAGAAACCGAAAAAGCUAGUUAGUUAAUAAAAGCAAAAGGCAUUUAAUUUAGACGUUGAGACUGCCUGGCAACACAGGUUGCCCAAAUAAAUCGAAUAUUGGAAUUUUGUUUGUUUUGACUGUCGGCGGAUCUGCAGUACUGAAUGUUUUCCUACAAGAAGUAAUUGGUGCGUCAUCCAGUAGGGCACCAAAAAUUCAACAACAACAACAACAGUAAUUGGUGGACAGCCAAACGGCAAUUAAUUUCCGUAUCAAUUGUACACAAUGUAUAAGCCGGUCCCACAAGUGCAAUCCUGCAAUGAAGGCGAAGAUUCCGAAAGUGAAUUGUUUAACUCAUCGACCCUCAACUUUGAAGAAAAGUCUCCACAGUAUGGAAAUUCAAGGGGAGUUGCCCCUCAACAGCAAUUGGAGCAACCUUCCAUGUCAACAGGAAGGAAAAUUGCCCUGACAUUUUCAAUAGUUAACUGUGUAGUAUUCAUAGUCCUGUUUCUGUGGAUUCUGCCCUGUAAUUUUGACACAUGUAAAGCUCCACCUCAUGUGAAAACCAAAGAUUGGGAAGUGAACCUUGUUGGAAAAGGAGUGCAGGCAAUGGCAAUGGCAUCUUCACCAACAAGCAGAUUAAAGGAAAUGGUGAUUUUGCUAAGCAGUGAAACUAGCCACUUAGUUUCCAGCCCUUAUUGCUUCAGUAAUGAAUCCAAUUCUUUGCUUGGCAUCCGUGCUGCAGAUGGAAAAUUAGUUUGGGAGAAAAAUUUUACAGAUGCAAUUCAGUUCAUCAACUGUUCCCUAAUUGACGUCAAUAAUGAUGGUGUUGAUGACUGCUUAUUGUUUCCUGUAGCCAAAAGUCUCUCAUCGUUGAACUCACUAACUGGAGCAAUAAUGUGGGAAUUCCAUGUUCCUCCCUAUGAUCUUAAAACAAAAGAAGAUUUAGACUUGCAAAUACUUGAUAUCGAUGCGUUAGCUGAUCUCGAUAAUGAUACCAUUCCAGAUCUUGCCAUCAUUACAAGUGAUUCGAAGGUGAAAUUUUUCAUCGGCAUAUCGGGCAGAAAUGGAGAAUUGCUUUGGCGAUUCCCUUUAAAUACAAGCUGUAUUCCAAUCGGCCAGUCGAUGUCUAUUACAUACGUAAUGUCUAAUCCCUGUCUGAAAGAACCUCCAGAUUUUGAUAGGAAGAACAUAACUAGUCGAUUUUUGACUUAUGGACGAUCACCCUCGCCACCGAAUCUUCCUCCAUGUCUGAAAUGUGAUGCACUCACCAAUGGAAUUCCCAAAACACGAUAUUUAUUUCAUCGAAGCGCGAAUGAUUUCUUAGUUAGAGCUGUGGUUGACUGCUCUACCUUAGGCACCACAGUAAAAAAGACAAUUCUUGAUAUUUAGUAUUAAGUCUCUUGGGGUUGAAAUUUCGCAGAUUUUCUUCUAUUUUCGUUGUGGAUGUGGGUGAGGGGCACCAGAUUCUCAAAAUUUCGGUUUACGGCAGCUUUGGGCCCCCACUGAAAAGUAAUCGGUAAAAGUCAAAUACUUAUUUAUUAUUAUUUAAGAAAACUUUAUUUGAAAUUUCCCCCUAUGACAAUGCUAGUCUUUAAGUUUUUUUUCCCUUUAAUAAAAGAUAGAAAAUU